AUGUCAUCAACCAUCGAGUACCAUGUUUCCGUGACGCCUGAACCGUACGAGCCUGCCCCGACGCCCGAAGAUAUUUGGCCUGAAGACCUGGAAGCCUUUUAUGAUGAGCAGGAUGCCGUGGAGAAGGCUAGGGAGGAUGCCGCGGAGGCUCAUGAGGCCUGGAAAGCACAGAAACAAAAGGAGGAAAAGAGGCGGGCUCUGGAGUUGGAAUGGCGAGAGAAAAAAUUGGGGCAGGAGAGGAAGGUUGCGGAGGCCAAGGCAAGGAAGGAGAGGGAGGAGCGGGAGGCCGCGGAGAAGAAACGGCAAGAGGAGGCAGAGGCUAAGGCAAGGGCAGAGGCGGCCGCCGCAGAGCAGCAGAGGUUGGAAGAGGAGGCCAGGGCCAAGGCUUUGGUGGAAGCUAGCAAGGCCACGGAGGUGGAGAAGGAGAAGGAAGAUGGGAAUGAGGGGAGCAAGGUUGGUAGCAGGUCCGACGGAGAUGACGAGCGGGAGAAGGACCCAAAGGGGAAGGCAUUGAAAAAAUUGGUAAAGCAGAGGAAGGAUAGGAAGGGUAAGGGCAAGGCAACUGAUUCGGAGGCUGCGGACGUUUUGAGGAAGCGUAAGAUCAAGUCUAGUGCGGUGGUGGUUAGUGGGGAAGAGGAAGUUGUGGGGCCAUCGGGAAGGCCUUUGAAGAAAUUGAAGACCGAGCCUGAGAUGCAGGCGGACGACGAAGAAUAUAAGGGUAACGAGCGUUGUGGACGUUGUAAGACAGACAACAUAAGAUGUUUCAUUUGCCGUGGGCACACUUGCGAACGGUGCAAAUUAAAGAAGAACAAGUGUGUGUUUCCACAAGGUGAAAGUUUGGGAUCCGCAGGGUCCAGUGAGGUCAUCGACCUCCUACAAAAACUUUGCGACAAGAUGGACGAUUUCCAGGAAGGCUUGGAAAGGGUAGAGGGAAAGGUGGAUUUCCUCGGAAGCCGCGUCAAUGACUUGGUCGACGAUUUUCAUGAGGGUGAUGCUCCGGAGUGGCCAUCGGAUUUUGUUGAGGAGGAGUUUAGGGAGGAAUGGGCAGCAUCGAAGGUCGAGCUCGGAAACCUCAAGAACGUGAACUCAGAGGCCCUACAGAUCGCGAUGCGUAUGCGACUUGACAAGGACGUUGCCCAGUUGUGGAAUGCCCACGUGACGGGUACCGAAACCCUUGAUGCUGCGGAUCCCUUCGAGGUCACCAACAUGCAAGUUUGGUAUGGCUGCCUUGGGAAAGAUGGUCUUCGAUUGGCCAUCAAACGUCGCGACCAUUUCUUGGAUACAAGGGACCAGUUCUAUGCGCUCGGAGGCCAUCGGAUUGAGUGGGCAUUGUGGAAGAGGUAUUUGGAGGAUGCAGACAAGUUUUUGGUCGAGGAUUCCGAAGGGGAAUUGGAUCCCGAGGAGAAGAAGAGGGAUGAGAUGUGUUAG